CCCAUCUAAUUUCAUUAAUCCUUUAUUUUUUCAUUUUCAUUUCCUCUUCUUGUCCCCUAAUUCAAAAUUGAAUGGAAACAAAACCUUCCAUUUUUUCUACCUGAGAGAGAUUACAACACCUCCACUGAGCUAAUUAACUCAUGGCUUCAAACUCACACAACAAUAACAAGGAAAAUUCUUCUUCUUGGACACGCAUGCAGAACAAGCAAUUCGAAAGCGCACUUGCCUUGUAUGAUCAAGACACCCCAGAUCGAUGGCAAAACAUAGCAAAAGUGGUUGGUGAUAAAUCGGCUGAGGAAGUGAAGAGACACUAUGAAAUCCUUUUGGAGGACCUUAGCCAUAUAGAGUCUGGACGUGUUCCAAUUCCCAGCUAUAAGUCCACAGAUAACAAUGAAGAGAGGCCUCUCAAGUAUCUUAAUCAGCAUUGAAUUGACAAAGUCAGCGAAAGUCUCUUUGGCCAUUUACGUUCGGAACAACACAUGAAUGCAAGACUAAAAAAUUUUACUUUCUUUUUCUUUUCUGUUCAGAUCGAUGCUAAGUGAACAAUAUGACCUGUUUGAUAGUGUUUUGUUUUCUAUUUUCAAAUCCAUUUUAUUAAAAUCAUUUUCAAAACCAGUUGUUGAAAAAAAAUAUGUUUGAUAGAUUGGGAAUUUCCCCUCUCUUUUGAACUCAUAAUUCUCUUUUUUAUGUAUCCUUGAACUUAAUUCUAAUUUACUAAUAUGAGGCUUUUUUCGAAUGAGAGAGUUGGGUUAACACAUCCAAGUUGGGGUGGGAUAGAAAGGGAAUGAGAACUCUCGAAUUUAUCUAUUUGUAGGACAAGAGCUCGUGAUUUAACUUUAUUGGCUGGAAUUUCAACUGUGGGUAACGAAAGGAAAUAAA